AUGCUGCUGCUGCUGCUGCUGCUGGCCCUGCUCUGGUGGAGGGAGGGGGCUGAGGGCCAGAGGGAGCCCUCAAAAAAUUACAAGGGCUACAAGCCUCCAGUGCAAGAGUCAGUGAGGGUGCAGGAGGGUCUGUGUGUGCGGGUGGCCUGCCCUGUCGCAUACCCUCGGGAUGGCUCGACUACUUCUACCUCAGCUCAUGGCUACUGGUUCCGGGAAGGGGCCAACACAUACAAAGACGUUCCAGUGGCCACAAACAACCCAUAUGGUAAAGUACAGGAGGAGACCCAGGGCCGAUUCCACCUCCUUUGGGACUCCCCGACCUCCAACUGCUUCCUGGACAUCAGAGACGCCAGGAGGAGUGACACCGGAAGAUACUUUUUUUGGGUGGAGAGAGGAAGAACAACAUAUAAUUCCAAAGACAAGCAUGUCUCUGUGCGUGUGAUGGUCCUCACCCAGACACCUCACAUCCUCAUCUCAGGUACCCUGGAGUCGGGCCACCCCAGGAACCUGACCUGCUCUGUGCCGUGGGCCUGUGAGCGGGGCACACCCCCCAUCUUCUCCUGGACAUCAGCUGCCCUCACCUCCCUGGGCCCCAGGACCCACCUCUCCUCGGUGCUCACCCUCACCCCACGGCCCCAGGACCAUGGCACCAGCCUCACCUGUCAGGUGACCUUGCCUGGGGCAGGAGUGACCAGGACCCGUACCAUCCACCUCAACGUGUCCUAUUCUCCACAGAACUUGACUGUAACUGUUUUCCAAGGAAACAGCACAGCACCCACAAUCCUGAAGAAUGGCUCAUCUCUUGCAGUCCUGGAGGGCCAGUCCUUGCGCCUGGUCUGUGUUGUCGCCAGCAAUCCCCCAGCUAGGCUGAGCUGGGCCCGUGGAAGCCAGACCCUGAGUCCCUCACAGCCCUCAAACCCUGGGGUCCUGGAGCUGCCCCGGGUGGAGUCGGGGCAUGAGGGUGAAUUCACCUGCCAAGCUCAGCACCCUCGGGGCUCCCUGCACGUCUCCCUGAGCCUCUCUCUGCAGAGAAAAGCGUGGCCUUUAUCAGGAGUGGUGCUGGGGGCCGUGGGAGGAGCAGGUGCUACAGGCCUGCUCUUCCUGUCCUUCUGCAUCAUCGUCAUCAUGUGAGCAGGGACCUGGGGAGGGAGGGAGAGCCCUGGGGUGGGAAGGGCAGGCAGCCUCGGAUCCCUGAACCCAGAGCUGGAGGGACUGGGUGGGUCCAGAGCCUGAAUCAAAGACAGGAAGGAGGUCCCUGGCACCCGGGUGAGUCUGUCACAAAUCCCUGGCCCCACUGUCCA